UAGCCAAUUCUGAUUCUCCACAUUUGAAUAAUAUAAUACAGUAUAUAAUACAGGAUACAUGUAUUAUCUGUCAGCUUAAAAAUAUCUGAAACCAGUGGCCUUCGCCAAAAGCUCCGUCGUAAAAGAACUACUCGCCACUCGAUUCCUUCCGUAGAUACAUAUGUGGAAACUUCACCUGCCCUUCAACCCCGCCUUCCAGUCGCUUCAUCCCGCCCCUCUCCUCAGUCAUCUCGCGGUCUGUCAUCCAUUGGGAAGAGGCAUUUUCCGUGAAAGUAACCGAAGAUCGGAAAGAUUAAUACUUCAAUCUUCAGUUUUCAGUUACAUGAAAGGCGAACUGAGGGACCUUGAUUGGUCAAUAGAGUGAAAAUGGUGGUCCUCACAGUUCUUUGCCUGAUCUCUGUUCUCCAGCUGCUUACGGUUUUGGUUUCAUGUGACCAUAUCAACUUCUACAACGUCCGACCGCCUGUGGAUGCAACUCCAUUCCCAAAGAGCUUCAAGUGCUUCACAUGUGAGCAGGCCUCUGACAACUACAACUGCAAUCGCUGGGCAGAGGACAAGUGGUGUCCACAAAACACACAGUACUGUAUGACAGUGCACCACUUCAGCCAUCAUGGGAAGACCAAGUUUGUGACUAAGAGGUGCGCGGUGAGGGAGGAGUGUCACAUGUCAGGCUGCCGCCACCACAGAGACACGGGGCACACGGAGUGUAUUUCCUGUUGCGAGGGGAUGGUCUGUAACGUGGAGGUCCCCACCAACCACACUAACGCAGUGUUUGCCAUGAGGCAGCAGGUUCCCAGCUCAGCCGUGUCCAGCGUCAGAGCCUGGGCAGCCCUGUCCUUACUCGCCCCCAUCCUGACCGGAGGUCUCCCGCUGUGACACCAGCACACACCAGAAGCAACAAGCACACCAGAAUGGUGCAUUGGUGUCAGUAGGCCAGGUCUCCGGUCAGUGGACCAAGUCCACCAAGAUGAUGGAUGACCUGGUUCAUCAGAGAGGGGGUGUCCACAGCCUCAACAAAAACUGAAUGACUUGCCACGGAGUGCACACAUGUGGUUAGCAUGAGUAUACUGAUCUCCAAACACAGCAUACUGCCUAUGCUGCUCUGGGAAGGAGUGAAUGUACUCUCGUGGCCAUUUGGACGAAAGGUAGAAGCUCCGGACUUAAAUGAGAUGAGCUUCCUCGUGUUGCACUAUUGGUAUGCAAGGACCAAGCAGGACUGGCUGCGUGAGCAGGCUAAUCCAGAAAAGGAACCUGGAAGAUGCUGAUUCGUAUUUCAUGAAUGGAUGCGCUUAUGUUGGGGAUGGUUGAAAGUUUGACUUUAAAUCCUGAAACAUUCAGCUUGAGCAGUCUAAGGACAGUAUUGCUUGGCAACUGAUGACAGUAGUCUCUGUCCGUGGCACUGUUUUGUUAUUCCUGAGGAACAACUUAAGCACUAGAAGAGCGUUAUGGACAUCACAGAAAGCAUAUUGGCGACUGUGGCAAGAUCGUCUGCUUAUUUAACGGUGGCAGUCUUCUCUUUUGAAAUCGGUAAUGUAGACAUUUAAAAAAAAAUGCAAUUAUCGAUGUCAUGAUGGUCUUUCAGUAUAAUCAAAUAAAAACAUUAUCAAAUUUGGAGGACACAUGCAAUGGGUAUUCUUUUCAUAUCAACAACUUAUUCAACAACAA